GCAGAGGCAGGCAGAUUUCUGAGUUCAAGGCCUGCCUGGUCAACACAGUUUCAGGACAGCCAAGGCUACAAAGAGAAACUCUUUCUCAAAAAACAACAGCAACAACAAAAGCAAAACUAGCCCAGCAGUGGUGACUCAGGACUUUAAUCUCAUCACUUGGGAGGCAGAGUCGGGCAGAUCUCUGAGUUCAGGGACAGCCUGGUCUACAGAGCAAGUUCCAGCACAGCCAGGGCUAGUACACAGAAACUCUCAAAAAUAAAUAAAUAAAUAAACAAACAAACUUGAUUUAACAGCUAUGAAAAACAAUACAUUGACGUAUAGCCUAACAUUGCCUACAUUGGUGAGUACCACCUCAUUCCCUCUGCCUUUCCCUCUUGGUCUUGUUAUCACUUGAUGGGUCUCAUAGCCCAGGAUGGACUCCUCAAACCUACUAUGUAGCCCAAGGAUAGCCUUGAGCUCCUGGGCCUCUUCUGCCUCUGCCUCCCUAGUGCUAGCUGAUAUUACAAGUGUAUUCCAUUAUGCCAAAUUUAUACCACACCAUCCGGAUGGAACCCAGAGCUGCUUUGUGCAUGCUAGGCAAACAUUACACAGCUGAGUUACAUCAUUAGUCCCAAGUCUCUCCUCUUAACCAUGUAAUCAUCCAAGCAGAGAUUCAAGGACUGUCACAGCCUCCACCCCACCCCCAUAGAGACACAAGUGAAAAUACUUGGCUGAGGUUGAGCACCUGUACAUGUCAGACGUGAAUCCCACAAGCCUUUGCUGUCGCCGGCUUAGUCUAGCUCCUUAGUCUAUGGGCUCGAUGGGGCCCAUAGGAAAUGCCCAAUAAACAUUUGUGUCAUGUGAGUAAUUUUGCUUCUGUCCUCCCAGACCUCAAACGUCCCUCUCUGGCUGAAGUGAAGGAUUCUUUCAUUGUGACUGAAUUACAGCCCUCUUGCUUCAUACCCGGAGAUGGCCUGUCUGCUGCAGGAGCCUGAGUAACUAGUAAUCCUCAUCCUGUUGUGAAGUAGCAUCUCCUUGCAGGGCAGCUUCCUUUGUGUGGCCCUUGGGAAUUUUCCCAACCUGGGCCCUGCUGGGCUUCCCUCUCCCAGGACUAGAUUGCUGGCCCUGGGUUUCCAUGAACCCCAGGCUCUUCUUCAGUGUCAGUAUCGGACACAACAGUUAAGAUGCCUGGUGCAUAGGCUGGGCUCCAUAGCCCUAACAAUGAUUGAGUAACAGCAACUCAGUAGUGACAGAGGGGGUGUGAGCAGAGGGUUGCAGCCAAGACUUCUGGUCUUAACCUUCAUGCCUCUCAACUAUAAGAAGGGCUGGCUCCUGCCCUGGCUCCUCUCGGUGCUCCUUCCCUUUCUCCACCUCCCCAUACACCCACACCCACACCCACCUCCCCACACCCACUUCUCCUUUGCAGCUACCCUGCCGCCUACACCUUCCUGCCUUCAAGUUGCUGGCCCAUAGGCAAGGGGAUGGAAAGGCAAUGGGCCAGAACCCCGAGAGACUGACUGACUAGGGUUCUGUGUGAGUCCCCAGGAUCUCCAGUGACGCGCUUUGAUUCUUUCACUCCGUGUUCAGCUCUGCACCUUCCCCUACCCUGUACUAGAGCACCAGCCUCCUUGCCUCUCCAAAGGCUGCAGCCUCUGGAUGCAGCCACAGAGCCCUUGUGAGUCAAGGCAGUGAGACGCACACCCAAACACUCCAUGUCUCCUCACUGCCAGGCCUCAUUCUCCAGCUGGACCCUGUCCAUCUUCAGCAAUGGUGCUCUCCUUUAUCCCAGCACCCCACAGCAGUGGCCAUGUCUGUCCCCCAGCAUGUAUGUGUACAGCCCUUCACCAUCGCAGGCCUUUCCCAUGCCAUUUCCCCUUGAAGCUGCUAAAGAUAUCCCUCAGCCCCUAACCCUGAGGCCCACCAGGGGACUCCAGGCCUGAGCUCCCAGCUGGGAGCUCCCUCAGGCCCUUUGCAGCCCAUGACUCCUGGGAAGGGGGCUACAUAUGUCCCAAGCUUCAGAGAGCUUGUUUGUAUGACUGACAGGGUUUGAGAGAAACUGAUGAGGGGCAAGUGGGAAACUAACACUGGGGACCCAAAGCCUGAUAGAGCAGGGGCCUGGGCAAGGCACAAGCACGACCAAGCAGGGUCACAGGGCUCCAGGGAAAGAACUGCAGGGAGACAGGUUUUGCUAAUCUGCAGAUCCCCACCCCCUCCAGCUCUGCUUGCUUCAAGCUCCCCAGCACCCUGCUGCCAGAGUCCAAGCUUUCUAUUGUUCUAGCCUGUUGUCCACCACCCCCCAAGUCCCAGCAUUUCUUGGCCUUUCCAUUUGUGCAACCAAGCUUUGUUUGUUUGUUUUUGGUCUACACAGAGACAGGGUUUCUCUGUGUAGCUUUGGAGCCUGUCCUGGAACUUGCUCUGUAGAUCAGGCUGGCCUCAAACUCACAGAGAUCCACCUGCCUCUGCCUCUGCUCCCUAAUGCUGGGACUAAAGAUGUGUGCCACCACCACCGGGCACUACCCGGCUUUACUCAUACUCCAUGGCACCUAGACUUUGCCCCUCUAUCAACACCAUGCCAUUUUCUCAAGUCUUCCUGUCAUUUUUGGUGGUGACCUGUACUGUACUGGUGGCCCUCAGGCCAGUCCCUGUAGCUAUCACUCUCCAUGGGAGUUCAGGCUGACUGGCUGUCUGUCCCCACUUCUCUCAAGGGGGACAGGGAAGCAGGGCUGGGCAGAGGACUAGGAUACAGAGACUAGAGGGUGGUAAGACUGGGGAGUUUUUUAGGGUAUCUGUGUCCCUCUGUCACCAAUGUGGUCAUUCCAAUUGGCCACUCAAGAGUGUGAUGUCUUGACUCUGGGAAUGGCAGAGCAGGAAGCAGGGGGGACUGGGUGCAGCUGGCCUUGGUGAGGCACAGCAGAGGCCGCAGGAGACUGAGAGAAGUGACUACAGGGUCCAUCCCCUCUGCUGUCCAAGAGCAGGCUCUAGUUUGACACUCCCCCACCCCCAGCGCCAACAAUGCUCAGCUGUCUGUCUGCGGUGACAGUUGAGUGGUUUAAUGCAGGAACCACAGGUGAAAGAGGUCUGGGGUUCCAGGCUAGGUUGCAGCUCCACCCCAGUGGUCCCACCCCAGCAGGCAAGGGCGGGGCGGAGGAUGCUGCGUCCGGGUUUCAUUCUAGACUAGAGGGGCACAGAGCAGACUCAGAACUCUGUCCCACCUGCGUGCGGUGGGAUAUGGGUGCCAGGAAACGCGAAGCCAAAAGUCGGAGAAGUCGGGACAGCCCGAUGACCACGCCAUGCGUUCAGACACUGUGCUUCGACCCUCUGGUGCGACACUGCGUAGCCUGUAACCUCCUCCGCACGCCAGACCCUCUACACGCAAGCAGCCAUGCCCCCGGGACGGCUCUGCAACCACAAGAGUCGGUGGGCACGGGACCCGGGCCUGACACAACGCUGCCGCUGCCGGGGUUGCUCUUCGGCGCCCCCGCGCUCCUGGGACUGAUGCUGGCUCUGGCCCUGGUGGCUCUGGUGACCUGGAGGUGGUGGCAGCAACGCAGGAUGGCCUCCCCUGGCACCCCAGACGGAGUCCAAGAAGAAUCCCUGGACAAUGUCUUCGUGUCCUCAUCAGAAACCCUUCAUGCCUCUGCUCCCAUCUGGCCUACCCCCAAAGAAGAUGUAGAUACCACCCUGCCGGGCCACAGCAUCCCAGUGCCGGCCACGGAACUGGGCUCCACUGAGCUGGUGACCACCAAGACAGCCGGCCCUGAGGAAUAGCAGCAGCCGUGGAGGGAAUCCAGGGAGCCCUGCGGGGUUUGUGAACUCUCACCCAAGGGCUUGCUUGGAAAAGUUCAGCUCUUCAGGGAUGGAGCCCAUUGCUUGGAGGGAACCCAGGGGAAACACAGACACUACAGGCUACAGAUUCCCACCGGCAUGAGACUGUUCGUUCUUGCGUUAGCUUUUGGCUUGAGAACUUUCCAUUUUUGAGACUAUUUUUAAGCUCUUAUGCCUACAAAUGGUUGGGUAAGCUUGAGUGUUGUAUGUUAAUUUGUUUUGAAGAGUUAGAGACUGAACACUUAAACUCUUUCCACAAAAUCUGGGUGGUAGACUGGAGAAAGGACUCAGCAGUUAAGUUCAUGUACUGUUCUUGCAAAGGAACUCCAAUAGGUCAGUUUCCCAGCAUCUGUGUCUGCAGCUCACAAGCUCCUGUGACUCCAGUCCCAGGGAGAUCCAAAGCCUUUUGCUUCCAAGGGUACCAGCCCUCAUUUGCUCACAUAUGUACACACACGUUCACACACAAAAUUAAAAAUGUUAAAAAUAGGGGCUGGAAAAAAUGGCUCAGUGGUAGAGAGCGCUUACUGCUUUUCCAGAUACCCAGCAUGCACUUCAUGUGACUCAUUACUGACUUUAACUCUUGCUGUAGGGGACCUCAUGCCUCUGGACUCCUCAGACAUCUUCAUUCACACGCACAA